AAGACACAAACACAAGCUGAGGAAAAGCUCACGACUCACCACCAACCAGAAUAUCUAACCAUCUGACUACUAAACACGUUUUCUGAUUUGUGAGUAGAGGAAGUCUCCUGACUUGACCUGAAAAUCUGCGGAUUUAAAAGGACACGCAUAACGCGCAGCAACAGAGGAACUCUUAAUAUAUGAGCUGAAGUGUCAAAAGGAUUUCUUUCUCUUUUCGGUGUCCGGGUUUCCUCUCGUUGGCGUGCAGGAAUGAUGCGUGCUUCACUGGAGUCGAGCAGCGAAUUCGCAGGCUGAUGAAACACUUUGUCAAUCCCUUUUCUUUGCUUUAGUGCAAUCUAGUGAGAAAGCUGCAAAACAUCACUGUAGAGCAGUGCUGAUGGACCUUCGUUUUGACAUCUUGGUUGCGCGUGCUUUUCAAUCACCCUGUUUUUGCACGCCUGCUUUUGUGAAAUGCAUCACUUCUGCUCGCAAUUCCUGCUCGCCUGACUUUUCCAAAGCGCGGCGGAUGCUCAAAAUGUUCCUCCAUCCGUCUGCAUGAGGGAUGGCGACUAAACCGCGCCAAGUCCAAGAGUGGUUAUCUACACGUUCGCACCUGUUCGCGUGGAUAAUGACAGUUUACGCCACAGGUGAAUGAACAUCGGCUCAGUAUCUCGUAGCAGCGCGCGUUUUGAAGCUGUUUUCUGACUCUGGCAUUCGGAUCGAGCUUGUUGCACAGUGACAAUGGAUCUCAAAGUAGAAGCAGAAGAAAUGGACACAAAUCAACCUCCACCGAUAGAAGUUUUUGCGCACAGCUCGACUCUGCACGGAAUCUCUCACAUUUUCACAUACGAGCGGUUCUGCAUCAAACGCUGCCUGUGGGUCGUGUUUUUCUUGGGGUCUCUGACCUUCCUGCUGUUCGUGUGCGUGGACCGCAUUCACUUUUAUCUCGAGUACCCGCACGUCACCAAACUGGAUGAGGUCACGACCCCGAUCAUGACGUUCCCCGCGGUCACCUUCUGCAACCUGAACGCCUUCCGCUUCAGCCGGGUGACACGCAAUGACCUGUACCACGCAGGGGAGCUGCUGGCCCUGCUCAACCAGAGGUACGAAAUCAGGGACAUACAUCUUGUGGAAGAGAGCGUCUUGGAGAGCCUAAAGGUCAAAGCUGAUUUUCAUAAUUUCAAGCCGCGACCCUUCAACAUGCGUGAAUUCUACGACCGCACAGGCCACGACAUCAACGACAUGCUGCUCGCCUGCCACUUCCACGGCACCGAGUGCAGAGCGGAAGACUUCAAAGUGGUCUUCACUCGCUACGGGAAGUGCUACACCUUCAACGCCGGCGGUGAUGGACGACCUCGCCGCAUCACCACCAAGGGAGGUAUGGGUAAUGGACUGGAGCUCAUGCUGGACAUUCAGCAGGAUGAAUACCUGCCGAUCUGGGGGGAAACAGAUGAAACUUCAUUUGAAGCUGGGGUCAAAGUUCAGAUCCACAGUCAGGACGAGCCGUCCUUCAUUGACCAGCUCGGGUUUGGAGUGGCGCCCGGGUUUCAGACGUUUGUGUCCUGCCAGGAGCAGAGGCUGAUUUAUCUCCCUCCUCCCUGGGGAGACUGUAAAGUGACGGCAAUGGAGUCCGACUUCUUUGAAAGUUACAGCAUCACGGCCUGUCGCAUCGACUGUGAGACGCGCUACCUGGUGGACAACUGCAACUGCCGCAUGGUGCACAUGCCCGGCGAUGCUCCGUACUGCACCCCCGAGCUGUACAAAGAAUGUGCUGACCCAGCUCUCGACUUCCUGGUGGAGAGAGACAACGACUUCUGUGUGUGUGAGACGCCUUGCAACAUGACCAGAUACAGCAAAGAGCUGUCCUUCGUCAAGAUCCCCAGCAAGGCCUCCGCUAAAUAUCUGGCAAAGAAAUACAACAAAUCUGAGCAGUAUAUUAAAGAGAAUAUUCUGGUUUUAGACAUCUUUUUUGAGGCUCUCAACUAUGAAACUAUUGAACAGAAGAAAGCCUAUGAAGUGGCCGGACUUUUAGGUGAUAUCGGUGGUCAGAUGGGACUUUUUAUUGGGGCGAGCAUACUCACUAUCCUGGAGCUCUUUGACUACCUUUAUGAGGUGAUAAAGUACAAGUUGUGUCGCUGCUCUGAUAAGAAGCACAGCAACAACAACAACAACAACGACCAGGGCACGGUCCUGAGCCUAGACGAUGUCAAGUGUCACGUCAGUAACUUUCACUAGUCUACCACGAUAACGAGCCGCUGCACUCUCUCUCGGAGCGGUCUCAUGGACUUUGUUCGCUGCAGUUUUUUUCCAGGCUGCAGGAGCAAACUGAGGAAAAAGUGUCUUAACUGCACCUGGUUAUGGUUUGUGAGGUGAAUUCAGCGUGUGGCUGAAGUGAGGAGAGGCCACACAGACAGCAGGGCAGCAGGAACCAGAGGUCAAACAUGUUGUGAUGAAUUCAGAAUAACUGCAUGGUCAUCUGUAAACAGCUUCUCAAGACAUAGUAACAGAUACAGUUAAUGGGGGCAUGAACUGAGCUGAGGUUCAUAUGUGUUCAGUGAAUCAGCGUUAGAAAUCCCAGCUGUGUGGUGGUGUUUGUCAUCUGUCAGUCUGAAGGAGUGCUCUGUGAAAUAGUUGAUGUGGCCGGUUUGUUUUCACUCAAAAAAUCUCAUAAAACUCGUAAAAUUUUAUUUGUUUUAGGUAUUUGCAUGUCAGUGCUGCACACUAUUUUAACUUGCCUUCAUCACUGUUUUGUUCUUUACUUUUCCACCAACUUUCCUUUUUUUUUAUUCACGCCAUCCAAGCUCGUCUUUUGUACAUUUUUAUGUGUCUUCCCUUGUUAAACCCUGACCAUUUUGCCGCAUAUACUGUUCUACCUCAUCUUUCAGGGUGACAUCGCCCUUAAGAAUUUACAAGCCAAGCAAAUUAUUAAUAAAAAAAAGGUUGUUUCCAUGUAUAGAAAUGAGCUGAACAGGUUGCAAAAAUAUAUCUGGCCUUAAACAGUGAGCCCACGUAACAUUUGCUGAGCAGCAAGUCUUUGUAACAGGAGACACUUUGACAGGUCACAGUAGGUAAAUCAAAGCUGGAAUAAUGAAAUUAAUAAUGGCUGAAUUCCUUUAAGUUGCUUCACUUGCAGGCGCUCUGUCACGACUUACUGGGACACUUGUGUUAUUAAUAACACCCGUCCUGAUAUGACAAGUCAAAAUGUCUGCUGUGAAAAGGGCAACAGUUAAAGAACAAUUCCAGGAUAAUAGUAAAUGUCAGUAUGUAGUGUAAUGCAGCAGAAUCAGACUGAGCAAAGCUACAGCGCCCUGACGAGUGAAUUCACACAGAAAGGACUGCGCCCACUGAUAGCAUCAUCAUGUAUCAGAUGGAAACUCUAUCUGCCCGUCUCAAAGUCCAAUUCACUAAAGUUAUCACACUAAUGAUAUUACAGCACCAUAAAGUUUUGCAGCUUUUCUUUUUUGUGGCAAAGUACAAAUGUUGGAUUAACACUAAGAACACAGUCAACGUAACAACGGCAGAAAUAAAAAAUAAAGAAAAAUAACAUUUUACAGCUGCACUGCAAAAAAGCCAACUUGUAUUUUUGGGCCUAAAACAGUGAUUUAAGUUGGUAAAACAUGGAAAUAUAAAUUAUUGACAUUUAGGGCAAUAAUGUAAGUUAGCACAACAAAGGAAGCCAGUUGUCUGCUCAAAAACAAGUUAGUGAGUUGUUGUUACUUUUAUCUUUAAGUUGGGGUUCACAACAAGGGACAAUAGUUCUGAUAACUCUUAUUUCUUUGUUGUGAACUGUGUGAAAGCGGUGAAAUUCGGUCAUUAGCGAAAGCUAGCGGCUAACUGAUGCUAGCGGCUAACUAAUGCUAGCGGCUAACUGAUGCUAGUGGCUAACUGACACUAGCGGCUAACAGAUGCUAGUGGCUACAGAUGCUAGCGGCGCUGCUUGUUACAGUUACAAGAGUAGCCAUUAGCGUAUCAAUGCUAACUCAAAAUUGUGGUCGCAACAUUAGCUGACAUUUCAUAGCGGCGUUACAAUUCAGCACAUUGCAGAAGUUAGCAGAAGUAAGGAUUAAAAGUUAUUACAAUGUAAAAUUAUAAGUUAGUACAAUUUACAGUUGAGUUGACAAAAAUCUGAAUUCAGAGUUGAGCAAACUCAAAAACAAAACUUAAAAUAUUUAGUUUAAUUGUCCAACUUAAAAUUUUAUCGAAGUUUGUUGCCUUGAAAUUUUGAGUUCACCCAACUUUUCUUUUUUUGCAGUGUGCAUGUCCCGGCCCACAAGGUGCAGAGGCAUUCUUUUAAACUUCAGCCAAGAAAUUUAAAUGUGACUGAGAGAAACUGAAUUUAAUAUCCGGGUCUGUUAAUGCUAACGGUGCUAACUCGAACCUUUGCACCAAAAGCCGUGCAAUCCUUCUGUGAAUUUGCCUUUGAGUGUGAUAAACACACUGAGAGUAGUUUGACUUUUUUUUGCUUUCUGGCAGA